AUGAUCGGUUCACGUGAACAACGGCUCCAGCCGAGGGUACUUCAUUCUGAAAAAGGUUGGCCUUAUGAUGUUUUUGAAGAGCUGGAAGAGCGUGACUGUUAUGUUACAAGGGAAAUUGUCCGCGUUUGGAAGAUUGUUGAAAAUGAUAUAGAAAAUUGGCUUGUUCAAAAUGCUGCAGGGGUAAGGGCCACGUUACGCCUUUUGAUUGGGACACCUGGUAUAGGGAAGUCAAUGGGAGCUGGCUCGUACCUCCUCUACCAACUGCUGCACUAUGACAAGAAACGACGUCCAGUGGUUGCAUACAUCGUUGCAGAUUACGUGUAUCUCUUUGACAAGACCAGAGGUGAGGGACAAGGACGCGUGGAGUACUACGAUAACCUCGAAGGGGGAGUGAGUGCUGUGGUAGACCUCUCUCUUACUGUGAGGGGAUACAUAAUCUACGAUGUGGCAAAACAACGAAGUGAACCUCACCACGCUUUGCCUCCUUCUACUUGGGGCAUGAUUCUUUUGAGCUCUCCAAAUGAGGUGAACUUCAAAGGAUGGGGGAAACGACAGAAAACACUGCGUAUCAUAAUAGAUUGCCCUAAGAAGAGUAAACUGAAGGCGAUGUGCGUGGGGAUACACCGCGAUAAGCCAGAGGAGGACCAACAGACAGAAUGGAAGGUUGUGGAAGAGCGUAUAAACAAUGCGGUACAACUUCCCCGCCACAUUUUUUGGUAG